AUGUAUUCAAGUAUUAGUGAUAACAGAAAAUUAUCAUUAUGGAAUUUUAUUACUUUCGAACCACUCUAUGUUAUUAUACCUAAUAUAUUUAUUCUUCGUCCUAUACGUUUUUUAUUGAAUUAUUAUAUAAAACCAGCGAAAUUUUUAGUCAUCAUACUUCCACGAAACAUUUGGAACAAAGUGCGUCGAAAUGAAACAAUAUGUUGUUUAAUUGGGUUUGGCAUCGGUGUUGGUUGUUGUAUUCUGUAUCGUUUUAUUUCAAACUUUCUUGCUCCUUCAACGACAUCAUCAACAACAUCAAUCUCAAAUAAUACCCUAUCGUCUUUGUCAAACAAUUUACGUGAUGCAAAAGCAUCACAAAUGGGUCAAGAACAUUCAUCGUUAUCUUCCAAUGGAAAUGAAAUAAUUGUAACGUAUACUAAACGACCACGUUCAUCAACAACAUUGAAACUAGCAUCACCAGACCGUCUAGAUACAACUACGAUAACAGCUAAUAUUACUCCUAAUAAUAAAUGCCAUUAUCAUCAAUAUGCAAAUGAUUCAGAUCGUGAACCAUUACUCGGUUUACCUAUUGAUAAACAUCAUAGUUACACUUCAAAUAAAAAUAAUACAACAAGUCAUUUAUCUGAUGAAAUGACAUGGUCAGAAAUAUCUUCAUCAAUAGGUACAGGUGCUCUACUACAAGAUUCUUAUCAUUCCAAUUCUUUAACUGGUGAUUCUGGUGUUGAUUGCCAUGAGAUUUCAACAAUAAAAUCAUCAUCUCGCAAUCAACAAAGUUUAAAUGAUACUACGACGACCACAAAUCUAACUAUGGGUCAUGAUUAUGAUGAUAAUGAAUCCUUAAUUAGUUACUCAACCAAUGGAACUAAUACAUUACUUUAUUCUGAACCAAGAAAAUACGAUUCAGAUACUGCACUUAGUCGUGGUGCAAUACUUCAAGAUACACAAACAGUAACAGAAUCACAUGUGAUGUCUUAUAUGUCAACAGAAAAAGGCUUAGAGCGUGCCUUAGAACAAACGAGUCGGUUCUAUUCUGAUCUAGAACAUAUUGCAACUGAUUUAAAUACAUUAUCAAAGAAAUAUUCUCAAUCACAAACGUCAAUUUCACCAUCAAUAUCAAAAUAUUACAAUCAACCAGUGCUUAAUACAAUUGAUGCACUAGAUUGGGAUUGGCAUGAUGUUCAUUCUUCACCAUUAGUUCAAUCACCAAAAAAUCGCCUUAGAAAACAACAUCAACAACAUUCAUCCUCAUCAUUAUCUCGUUUAACUAAUAAUAAUAAACAUAAAGUACGAAGACGACUAACUAAUGUUAAUAAACAAACAGACUACAAUGAAUCAGAUCUUGAAAUACGUACAUCACUUUCGUAUGAUUGUACUAGUUCACCAUUAAGACGAAAACCAAGUUCAGUUUAUUUUGAUUCAACAGAUAAUACAAGUGCUGAUGAGAAUUUCGGAGAUGAAACUCUGCAAAUUCCAUCAUCGUCGUCGGUGCUAACUUCGUCGCAAACAACAGAAUGUUUUUCGAUGUCAAAAUAA